UCGGGAUGACUGGAAGCAACGAUGGAAGCUAGUCUGAGGACGACCGAGAGAGGGAGUUUUUCCUUCUCUUGCAGACCUCCUUUGAGGUCCUCGUUGUGAAUGGGUGCCACAUAAACGAGAAAGACCUGAUUUGACUUCUUAUUCAUGAUUCAUCGGCCAAAUGUGUGGAGAGUCGGGAUGACUGGAAGCAACAAUGGAAGGCUCGUCUGAGGACGACCUAGAGGGAGUUUUUCCUUCUCUUGCAGACCUCCUUUGAGGUCCUUGCUGUUGUAUAUGGGCGACACAUAAACGAGAAAGACCUGAUUUGACUUCUUAUUCAUGAUUCAUCGGCCAAAUUUAUGGAGAAUCGGGAUGACUGGAAGCAUCGAUGGAAGGCUCGUCUGAGGACGACCUCGAGAGGGAGUUUUUUGUUCUUUUACAGACCUCCUUUGAGGUCCUGGCUGUUGUGAAUGGGCGCCACGUAAACGAGAAAGACCUGAUGUGACUUCUUCUUAUUCAUGAUUCAUCGGCCAAAUGUAUGGAGAAUCGGGAUGACUGCAAGCAUCGAUGGAAGGCUCAUCUGAGAACGACCGGGAGAGGGAGUUUUUCCUUCUCUUGCAGACCUCCUUUGAGGUCCUGGCUAUUGUGAAUGGGCGCCACAUAAAAGAGAAAGACCUGAUUUGACUUUUUAUUCAUGAUUCAUCGGACUACAAUGUCAGAUCCGACCCAUCUUUAACCUCCCUCCCCGCCCCUGGCUCUUCUCGUCACUAUUAAAGCCAGGAGUCAGGCAAGGACCUUCACUGCAUCUUCUCUAACCGAGCAGCCCCCUCUACACUUGGCAGGAUGGCGGGGAACCUUGGCGCAGGUAGAGUACCACCACAUGCACCAUUUAAGUGGGCAUUUUGUGAGAAUGUGUCGAUGCUGCCGGCAGUCUGGCUGCUGUUGGCCUACGUGACGUCGGGCGGAGGACUAGCGGCGCCCGUCUGUACCCACGCCCCGGCUGGGUGUGGCGUCCUGUCCCUGGUCAACCUGUUUGACCGAGUCAUACAGCACUCGGCCAGGAUGCACGGCAUCUCCAAUGACCUGCACUCCGAGCUGCAGGAGCAGUACUUCCUCCCCAGUAAGAAUCACAUCGGCAGGGUCAGCCGCAACUGCCACACCUCCACCCUCCUGACCCCCGACGGCAAGGAGAACGCUCAGAGGAUGGCACGGGAGGAGCUCACCGAAGUGAUCCUCAAGCUCCUGGUGGCGUGGCGGGACCCCCUGUGGCACUUCCACCAGCUCACCGCCCACCAGCACGACCUCGCCAACUUCAGCUCGGACAAAGCCUUGGAGAUGAGCGCCAUGGUGCGCGAGCUGCGCAAAGGCGUAGAGAAAGUGGCCGAGAAGAUGCAGGUGCUGGGAAUGAUAAGCAACUCGGUCAGCAGCCUGGCGUCUCUGGAGGAUAUAUUGGCCUCUGAGAGCGGCGAGUGGCGCCUGAUGAAAGACUACGAGCUCCUCUACUGCUUUCGCCGAGACUCCGACAAGAUCCAGAACUACCUGAAGAUCCUCAAAUGUCGCAUCGUUCCCCAACACGGCUGCUGAACAGGAGCAGGAAAAAAAACAGAACUUUCAAUCGCACAGUUUAACUUCAGGGAACACGUUGUCAUGGAGACGGAGCAGUUUUUUCGAGUAUGUUUACCGUUACCAAGGAAGCAAUAGUGAAAGACUGUGACAAGCUCCAUGCCCAAUAAGCACAGAUAACUGUUUGUAUACGUCUUCAGUGUGAAUCAUUCCAAAAAACUGCAAUAUAAAAUGUUGGAAGAAA